ACUGCAUUAGAGUGACAGCUCUCCGCCGUUUGGUCUGCUGCAGAUAAAGUACAUGUAUUUUAGAAGAGGUGUCACCUUUAUUACUCCUGAAUCAGAUGAUGACCUCAAUGCAGCGGCUGGUGGAUCACAUGUUCAGUUUUUAGUGAUAAAGUAGAUUAUCGAGUUUCCUUUCGGAUGUGAAACCAGUGGACAGUGGACCAACAAAGUCGUCCGUCAGUCCGUGGUCGCCGUGCGUUCAGCAUUCAAACGUUCCACAGUCUGAGAGACAGAUUUUGGGAUGAACAGGUCCAGGUCCAGCCAGCCUCCGGUCCCCAGGGUGACCCGCAGCGCCGGGAGCCGACUCACCGAGCUCGCAGAGAGGCUGGACUCCGGGCCGGGUCCGUACGGAAAACAACGACGGAAGCAGACUGACUCUGCUCUGGCCCAGGACCUCAGUCAGAUGAGUAUGAGCGGACAGGACACUCUCAAUAACAGCAGUCCAUCUGCUUCAGCUGUCAAAUCCUCCUCCCGGGGGGGUCUAGCCUCUGUGGCUCGGCUUGUCAAACUGGGCCGCUGCAAGAACGUGGUGGUGGUGGCCGGAGCAGGAGUCAGCACGGCCAGCGGCAUCCCAGACUUCAGAACUCCAGGAACCGGUCUUUACGCCAACUUGGAGAAGUACAACAUCCCUUACCCAGAAGCUAUUUUCAACAUUGACUACUUCUCCAACGACCCGCAGCCCUUCUUCUCCUUGGCCAAGGCUCUGUAUCCCGGCAGCCACCGUCCAAACUACAUACACUACUUCAUCCGCAUGCUUCAUCACAAAGGACUGCUGCUCCGAGUGUACACCCAGAACAUCGACGGACUGGAAAGAUUGUGUGGCAUCCCAGAUGACAAACUUGUGGAAGCUCACGGUAGUUUUGCCACAGCUGCCUGUCACCUCUGCUACACUGCAUACCCCGCUGAAGAGGCUAAGCAGGCCAUAAUGAAUGAUAAACUCCCCAUAUGCACCUUCUGCGCUGCAACAGUGAAACCUGACGUUGUGUUUUUUGGAGAGGACCUUCCUCAGAGAUAUUUCCUCAACACUCAAGACUUCCCCAAAGCAGACCUGCUCAUCAUUAUGGGCACAUCUUUACAGAUUGAGCCAUUUGCCAGCUUGGUGAACACAAUCCGCUCCACCGUGCCCCGCCUCCUCCUGAACCGAAACGCCGUGGGACCCUUUGAGAAGGUCCCGCUGCGGAGGGCGGACCACAUGGAGCUGGGCGACCUGGAGGAGACAGUGAGGAGGUUUGCUGAAAUGCUCGGCUGGAACGAUGACAUAGAGGAUCUGAUGAGGAGUCAGGAAACACUGAGCCUCCCUACGCUGAUAAGCAGCCCUCUGUCAGUGGACCAGACGUCCUGUCAGAGCAGAGGAACUCCGGCUGGGACGGAGACCUCCAGGUCCAGAGCGGGGGGGCAGAGGGGAGCCAGCAGCGGCAGCGAGGAGACGGACUCCGAGACGGACAGCAAGAGCUCUGCGUCCUCCAGCCAGAGCACCUGACGCUGACAUUUCCUAAACAUUAGGCUCUGGAAAGGUUUCAAACUGUUCCUCCUCUUCUGACACUAACACUGUUCUCCAGUUACCUGUUCAUAUGCACGACUCAUUCCUUUCUAAAAUGGACUGAAGGUGCAACUUACCUGUUUAUCUGGGAGUCACAGUGUGUCAUAGUUGUAUGUUCAUAUGUAAAUUAAAAAAUGUGUUUAUCAAGCUAUCUACAAGCAUAUUUAUAGCACUUAUAGAGCGAGUGUCCAUCGAGAACACUACUAUACAUGUACUGUAGCAACAAUUCUGAUGUAUGUUUUAUAUGUCCCAUGUCACUCAUCUUGUUAAUGUUUUAUUAACUGUAUUUUAAACAAAAUUCAAUAAAGGAAUUGUCAUUUAAAAACAAGGUUUAUGUAAUAUUAGUCAGAGAAAAACAACCACUGCUCUUAUUCUCCAGUUUAUUAACUUUUCAGUGGAAGCCUCACAUAAAAUAAGUGUGCUGAUAUUUACAGUAUAUAAAGUGUGCAAAAAUACAACAAAAGCUUUCCAGAUAGAGCAGGGAUCAACAUGCAAUUUGAAUAUAUCCCACUAUGACUGUGGAGGAAAGAGAAGGCAUUUACACAGGAGCACGAGAGAAACGGCUGCAUGACUAACUGAAAGGGAAAAAGUGUUUGUGCUACCCAACACCUUACUGCUAGGUUUUGACUUUAAUUUGUGUAUGUCUGACCUUUUAUGACUUUUCUAAGCAACAAAAAACAUUAAAUUAGUCACAUGAAGUUUAAGCGAGUGACUCGGAGUUAAGUCUUUUGUGAGGCAAACUCUAGAUCAUUUAUUAUUUUCUGUGUGAGGAGGCAGUAGAGAGGAUUCUCAGGUCAGGUGAAGUGUGCUCAUGAUUAUUCAUUAUAAAACAAGUAAACAGUCUCUGUUUCCUUUAUCAUAUAACAAUGACACAUGUUCUCUGGUUAAAGCAUUACUCGGUUUCUCUGGAUUGUAAUCAGCUAUUUGUUUUUGUACAAGGAAAGUCUCACUUAUCCAAAGUCAGGGUUUCACUUUGGGGGGGGGGGAAUCUGUUGCAUUCGGCUUAUUUAAAAAGUGGCAGAUAUUAAAUUAAAUUGUACCAACAAAAAUAAGUCUCAUCAGUUUAAAGACAUGUUGAAUUGUAUAAAAUUAGCAAACAUUUCAAUCUAGAAAAAAAAAGAAAAACAUCAACUGAUUUAACAUAAUGCGGAUUUGGCAAAAGUAAAAUGAAUUAGAAAAACAAUCGUUGCAGUUUACACAAUUCUCUGUCGAGAGUCCACAGCAGGCAGAAACAAUCUCUUCACUAUCGUCCACCACAAGAAAAGGUUGCGUUUCUCCACAAUUUAUACAUUUAAGAAAAAA